GCGUGGGUGAACGCAGGAGGAAGAUGAGAGGAGAAGAAAGGUGGGAACUGCAGCUGCCUUACCGGGAAUGAAGGCGCAAGAAUGCCCAGUGAGACGGUGUGGAGGCUCCGCCGCAUUUAUGCACACAAGAAUAAGUGAUUUACUGUGAGGAAAUCUAAAGAAGAAUCGGAUCUCGAUAUAAAGGGUCGUCAUCUUGAAUAAGAAAGAAAAGUUUGCCUCAGAAGUAGUGUUCAUUAACCAGCAGAGAUGAGACUGAACUUGUCUACAAGUUGGAUAGUCCGAGGCUGGAUAACAUGCGUCCUCGUCACCUUUUACGCACAGAAUGCUGUCUCCAAAUCUCUCCAGUGUGAGGAAACACAUUAUUUAAAAGACUCCAGAUGCUGCAACAAGUGUGAACCAGGCUUCCGUGUGUUUAACGACUGUACUGAUUCCCAGAAGACUAAAUGUGUUAAAUGUUUUCGUGGAGAAUACCAGCCCGGCUUGACUGAAGAGAAGCGCUGUCUUCAGCCAAAGUUCUGUGACCCAGUUAAGGGCUUCAUGGAGAGGCCUGAAAACCCUGUGGCGGAGGAGCCGUGUCGCUGCCUUGCCGGCCUCCAAUGCCACCCCAUCAACUGUGAGUACUGUGAGAGGAUACCCACCUGUAGUGCUGGAUAUGGACUUGAGGUGGACCCCGAUUCUACUAAUGGAAGGCAGACAUGUGUUGCAUGUAAGAAAGGCUUCUUCUCUGCUGGCAACACUGCCGAACAAUGCAAACAAUGGACUAAUUGUAAGGAUGAGGGCAGGAGUGAAACACAGCCAGGCAGCGCUCAGGCUGAUGCAGUGUGUGGACCACUUACCCCUGCACCCUCCUGGGUUAUCGUUUCCGUGCUCUCAGUCAUCACUGUUCUGUGUCUCCUUAUCCUGCUCCUCUUCUGCUACAAGGACAAACUGAAAUUACUCUCUGUAAAUCUGCGAUCCUGUGUCCAGAAUCUAAAGAGGACUAGGAUACAACAGGAGACCUUGGCCCCUCUUUACCACAGUGGAUCAGGAGGAGGAACAGGAGGAGGCCCCAAAUGUUCACCAUGUGAGACGACCAAACUCAUCUGCCAAGCACCCCACAGCCCCGCUGAUGAGCUCCCAUGCAUCUUCCCCACUUCUGUUCCCGAUGUCAGGGUCUCACUGCCAUUCUUGGGGGAAAUGAAAGAAGAAGGAGGGAACAAGGGGAAGACAGUGAUGGCCAAUCAGAGUAAAGGGUCUGGAGAACCUGAGGAGGUGUCAGAGGAAGAGGAGGUUGUGAGUGUGUCUCCUCUUUUGGCAGGUUCCUGUGUGUGCGUCAUUCCCGUCCGCGAGCCAUUGGAAGUAGGGGAGAAUGAGGACUGUAGCCAGGCUGUCAGCUCCGGGACUCCAGGAACCUGCUCGUGUGGAGGGCUGGAUGGAGAAAGGGAUGGAUAUGAGAGUGGGAAAGAGGAGAAACAUGGGACUAUAAGAGCAGACAGUAGUGGAGAAAGGGGUGAGGGAAAUCAAACAAAGAUGGUUUUGUCCAGGAGUGGGACAGGUGUUGCAUCUCUUGUCUCCCUUUCUCCUCCACUCCUCCACAACUCCUCUGUAAUCCCUCCCUCCAGUACACUCCCUGAACUCUGCCUGCCAUUGUCUCAGGCUCAGGUGAGAGCAGAGUUCAAACCUCAGCUGACUGACAGCUCACUGGUAAAACAGGAGGAAUUAUACAGACUGGCAAGCACAGACUCCACCUCAACAGAGAACAGUACAAUCUCUGUCAUGACCUCUGUCAGCCCCUUGAUGACUUCCUCAUCUGUUGGAGAUCUCUACCUGGACAAGCCCCCUGAAGGCUUGAGCCUGGAGCAAGGCCAGGGACUUUCCUGGGGGGAUAGCAGGGGAAACAAGCUCUCCUCUGGGGAGUCAGAACUGGAGUGCUCACCUGAGAGCCUCCAUAGUCAGCUGGCUGAACCAACUCUUACCUCAGCUCAGGUGUCUGGGGACCACAACACCACCUUCAUCUCCAGCGGUCAGGUGAUGAACUUUAGCGGGGAUGUCAUCGUCGUCUAUGUCAGCCAGACGUCUCUUGGCAGUGACGGGGCGGGGCAGGACGAUGUGUUCGGGAGACCUGUCCAGGAAGAGGCCAAUGAGACGGCCCCAUUUUUCCAAAGCAGCCUGAGGUCACAAAGGGACUCCAUUUGCCAAAGCACCUUACAAGAUAAUACACUGCUUGUCCAGGGAGUGAUGGAGGAGCGGCCACUGGGAAAGUGAAAAGUGACCAAUGGCUGUUUAUUACAUACUUUUUUGAUCCCCAAGGGGAAAUACAUUUUUUUCACUCUGUUGUUUUCACACAUUACACACACCAGCCCAAAAUACACACACUCACAAACAACACGUAGACACGCAUUAAUGGAGAGAUGUCAGAGCGAGGGGGCUACCCAUGGACAGGUGCCCAGAGCAGCUUGGGGUUUGGUGCCUUGCUCUAGGGCAAGCCAAGUCCCCAUGGACCCCUGUAGUACAGUACAGUAGUGAUCAUCUCCAUUUGACAAUGCAAAAAUGAUCUCUGGUCAUUUCUGUUGGUUACUUCACCUUAUAUAUCUUAGCUCCCAAUUACAUUACAAAAAUACCUGAAUAAAUAAAAAACACACAAUUUGUCUACCAUACCAGCUUUCUGUACAAACACAAGGAAAGGGAGGCUUUUAAUUAAGAGAGCAAGAUCUGAGAGCAACUUUUUGGCAUGUGAAGCUAUCUAUCUAUCUAUGCCUUCAUCAUUUGUUUGGAAUGUAAUCUUCUAUAACUUCUCCAUUUUAACACAUUAGUCAAUGAAUCUCGCUUCAGGCAUCUCUAAAGUGCCUUUUUUCAUUUUCCAUUGGAAGGCUGCAUGUUUUUUCAAAUGGAAACUCCCUCCAUUCCAGACAAUGAUGGGGAUUUUGUUGGGAAUUGGAUGUGGAACGAGAGUUCAGACUGGAAGAACGUUGUGUUUUUAUUGUUGGAAAUUGCAGCUGGGUCUUGAUAUAAAGGAGUUAGAACAUUUUUCAUGUCCCACCUUCCAUCAUUAACUAGCCCAGGUUAAAGUCUGUACUCUCCUGCUUUUUAACGGUUCUAAAUUUGACAUUUGGAGGAAUUCAAGAGUUUCCUUGCAUAACACAAUAUCCACCAUGUGGAAAUAAUUGUGUUUGGUCUUACAAAAUCAUGCCAUGGAAGUAAAUAUAUUUAUGGUAGAAAAUUCAAUCUACAAGCUACAUUAAGAUCUGGCAUUUUACUGAGUGAAUGUUCCUUUUUUAUGGUUUGCAGGGUUUGCCAAAAGCUAAUUUACAGUAAAGAGACACAUCCAGCUUUGGUAUGAUGAUGUAUGCUUUAUCCCAUAUGUAGACUUUUUUAUGUCUUCUAAUUGCACCACAAGUGCAGUGUGUAUCUAAGAAAAAAUGCUAUGCAUUUGAUAAGCUAUUUUAUUACUGUUUUUUUUCAUAAUGUUUUAAUGUGCAAGCCUUAAUGAAGAAAAUUCAAAUGUCAGUUUGUUUAUAUUUUAAUUCAUUUUACAAAGUAGAUUGUUUAUGUUAUUUUCAGAAGAUGAAUAUGUGAUCAUUGUUUGUAAAAUUUGUAAAACAAGAUUGAACAUUCUCCUUGUGCGUCCUCUCAUUUGAUUUGAGGUAUGGAUGUGGAGCCAUGAACAGCAGGCAAAACACACUGUAGGAGUUGUAAGGGACUGUUCAGUUACAACCUCAACAUAUGUAUGCAGCCUUAUAAUAAUCAUGUACGUAUCAAUCAAACCUAUUGCAAUGAAUGACCGAAAGAAUAUUUUGAUUGAAAUUAAAUAUGUUUUGCAUCUAAUCCCUUUAGGGAUGGCUGCUAUCCUA